UCCCCCCGUGUGCUGAACACCGUCCGUCUGCUGAACAUCCUCCGUCUGCUGAGACGCUGAGGCAGUUGUUGCAAGACACCGCUUUGCUCCGGCACAGACACUCCCACCUGACCUCCACUCGCCUCCCGCGGUCGUCGACUAGGCACUCCACCGGUAGCUGACCUCGCUCCGUCAGUCCGCCAUCCUCUCAUAUACUCUCACACUCUCCCAGCCGCCCACGCUCCUUCCCCCAGCAGCCCCAGCAGCCCCAGCAACGCCGACGUAGCCGUGGAACGCAUCGCCCGCGCAUCGCCCGCGCAGACCCGCGCCUUGCAUGUGAACAAGAGCACAGGGCUGUCAGCGCACCACCACUAUCGUUACCAGCGCUACCAGCGCUGCCAGCGUCCCGGCAGAGCGCGCCGUCCACCAUGAACUACCUGCGCUCCGUCGCCGGCGGCGUCUCCAAAGGCUGGAACUCGAUCAACCCCGCGACGCUCAGCGGCGCCAUCGACACCAUCGUCGUCGAGCGCGAAGAUGGCACCCUGGCCUGCUCGCCCUUCCACGUCCGCUUCGGGAAAUACCAAAUCCUGCGGCCUUCAGACAAGAAGGUCGAGUUCCGAGUCAAUGGCGAGCUGCAGGAUUACUCCAUGAAGCUCGGCGAGGGCGGCGAGGCCUUCUUCGUCUUCGAGACGUCAGCCGUCGUUCCCGCCGGCAUGCAGACGUCGCCGCUCGCCUCGCCUGUCGCCAGUCCCGAGCAGAAGCCCACCGAGACGCCGCCCAACCAGAUGCUCGACGACCCCGAGCCCCUCGAUCUCGCGAGCGUCGACAGCACGCUGAGGCGGAGAGGCCGCAUGUCCAUGUCUGUCCCGCCCUCGGACCCGCAGUACCGCGAAGCAGACUUUGCGCGGCCCAUGUCGGGAGACUGGUCCGGCUUCCAUGUGCAGCGGUCCAACACCGACUCGGUGGUCCCCUCCGCACAGGAGGAAUUCCCCGCACAGGAGGAAUUCCCCACCCAGCUCGACGGAGGGAAACAACACGGGCCGCUCGAGAUCAGCAAAGAGGACGCUACAAGGUGGAACCGCUCAGCGCGGUCGGCCAGUCCGCCCCCAGUCUCUCAAGCCGAGGCUCUGGCCCGAGCGAUCAAGCUCUCGAAGAAGCUGUACUCGUCCAACAUCCCGAACAAGGUCACGGACAACGGAGAUCUCGAGCUCGACAUGACCGGCUACAAGAGCAGCGAGCAGGACGCUCUCAGGGCAGAGGUCAUCGCGAGGAGCAUCUUGUCAGACGAGCUCGCCGGCGACUACGACAUUGGCGCACUGAUCGGCGCAGACGAGAAUGGCAACCUCUGGAUCUACAGCAGCGAAGAAGCCAAGGCAGCAGCCAUGCAAAAGACCGCCCAGAGCGUCUUCCACGAAGCCUCCCUCGACGCCGUCUCCGAUCCAGGCUACCAAAGCGACAGUGGUGCUAGCGAUACCACAGCAGCCGACCUCCCUCCUCACAGGCGCAACGACGCCGACAGCGCCCUCGGUCUCUCAGCCCCCCACUCUCCCGAACAACAACAACAGCAACAACAACAACAACAACAACAACAACAACAAAAGAAGACCGAAACUCGCAACUACGCCAAGACGCUGCGUCUGACCUCCGACCAGCUAAAAGCCCUGAACCUCAAGCCAGGCCAAAACACCAUGUCCUUCACCGUAAACCGUUCGAGAUGCGAAGCCUACAUGUUCUACUGGCAACACGACGUACCCAUCGUCAUCUCUGACAUUGACGGCACCAUCACCAAGUCUGACGCCCUGGGUCACGUGCUGAACAUGAUCGGCCGCGACUGGACACACAAGGGCGUGGCGAAGUUGUAUACCGAUAUCGUGAACAACGGGUACAACAUCUUCUACCUCACCUCCCGUUCUGUGGGACAAGCAGACCUGACGCGCACCUACCUCAACGGUGUGGUGCAAGAGGAUUACAGACUGCCUAAGGGGCCGGUCAUCAUGAGUCCAGAUCGCACGAUAGCCGCGCUCAGACGAGAAGUUUAUCUUCGCAAGCCCGAGGUCUUCAAGAUGGCGUGCCUACGCGACAUCAUGCAGCUCUUCGACAAGCCCGCCGGCCAAACGCCCUUCUACGCCGGCUUCGGAAACCGCUUCACCGACGCGCUCUCCUACCGCAGCGUCAACAUCCCCAGCACGCGCAUCUUCACCAUCAACUCCAACGCCGAAGUCAGCCUCGAUGUCCUCUCCCUCAACAGCUACAGAACCGGGUACGCGUCCAUGCGCGAAAUCGUCGACCACUUCUUCCCGCCCGUCGGCCUGCUCGUCCCCGCCGGCGGAGAGAACUUCACAGACUUCAACUACUGGCGCGACAAGCCCCUUGACAUCGAGGACUUUACGGACAGCGAGGACGAAAGCGAUGACGCUGAAGGGACGGAAGCGGGAAGUUACCGCAGUGAAGACGACGGCGAGAUCGGCGAGAUCGGCGAGGAUCUUGAAGCGAGCUACAUGACCAACGAAAGCGUUGAUGAAAAUGGCAUGCGUAUGGAGGACUCGAUCCUCGAAAGCGUGGAGGGGAAUGACGGCGAGUACUUGGGCGAAGAUAUCGAUGCGCCGUACGAACAGCAGGGUCUUGACAAGGAGGAGAGCGAUGAAGAGUACAGCGAAGAAGAAACGGAGAUCGAGGAGGCUGUUGAAAGACGGGAUUUCUGCAGACCACGGACCCCGACGGAAGACCAGAGCCUGAGGAAGAAGCAGAGCGUUCCGGGCAUCAGCGAGAGGAUGGCUGAGCGCGCGGCGGAGCGUAUGAGCUCUCUUAACGUAAAGGACGAAGUCCCGACACCGAGGGGCAGCCCGGGGAGGUAGUUCAGCCUUGGACUGGCCAGCACCGAGGCGGGGGAGUCGGCUCAGGCACCUGCAGCUCAGACCUCUUCAACAGGAAACACGCCAGCUCAGACGCCUGUACAGCCGCGACGCCAUCGGCGAUGGUUCAGCUACGCCUCUGGCGCAGGCGCGUCUUACAACGUCGAGGAAGUCAAGGGGCCGGUGCAUCGGAGCUGGUUCGGGUUUUGAGGGGCCUGCAGAGGGGCAGUCUUCACUGGCGGUCGUGUGGUCAAGCGUACAGAGUGGCAGUAUCGUUGUUGUUGUUGUUGUUGUUGUUAAUCGACUUGCAUAGCAUGGCAUGGUACGGCGUUCUAGACUUCCCAUUCUUAAUCAUCGCAUUUGUAGCAUAGCAUAGGGCAGAGCCGUCAAUGCAUAUCCGUUAUCUAUAUCCGAGAUAU